GAAUUGGUCUGAUUGCUCCAAGGUAGCAGAAACCUACUCCGGCGUCACCCAAUGUAAAACACGUGCUGUCCAAUCGUUGCUCUCUUCUGUUUGGGCGAUUUCAAUUGAUCUGGUAUAACCAUAUAGCCUGGCUCCUUCGGAGGUUUUCUUAAGGAUUUAUUUCACACGAGGCAUAGCGUUUGAGGAUUACUAUUGUUAUUUGUUUAAACGUGAUAUCGUGGCAUCACCCACGGAUAACGAGCCCACGGAGUAUUUCCCUGCAUGGUUUGGUGGCGGCUCUAUGGAUUCGGAGGAAGUCAACCAUGCAGUCGCGUAAUCUGACACAUUCUGCCCCACUCUGAUGCGGCUGUUCGCUUUCAUGUCCAAUCCACGUACUUUUCGGUAUUUUGAUGUUUAGAAGGACCGGGGCUCGCUUCGUUUGCCUUCCCAUACGGCCGUAAACCCUACCAUGAGGAGUACAAGCGGUGCACUUUAGUCGCACGGGAGAGAAUCAUUCUGACCGUACCGUUUUAUCCUCGUUAUUUUUUUUUAUUGUUUAGGAGGAAGAAUUGAGCCCGCCCGAUUGAUCGUUGUUUCCCACCUCUAACGCUUUCGGAGUUGAAUUAUCAACUUGGCAAUCGCUGAAGUUCGCGAGGAGCAGAGAAGACCGCGUUGGAUUCCGUCCUCGCGCGCUCGGGACCCACUGAAAGACUGUGACCCUAACCGAGGUUCAGACGUGCUGUCGCUUUAUUUACUCUUGCCGUUUUUUUGGGUGGGCAAACUAGACCCAAAGCGCCGUUAAUCUCUUUCGAAAAUGCUUCUAAAUUGCCACUGGUGAGUGUCGGGGUGCUGCAGGGUGCCCGUGACGCAACGUCCAUCCCCACCACCACAGACUGGGUGAGGAGGAAGAGGGAUAUAAGGGUGCUGGGGUAUAGGCGUAGAAGGGCGUGAACUCUCUACUCAGUAACCUCCUUCCCAUUAAAACCCACCAGCCCAGUAUUUGUCGUGCACACAUCUGUUCCCCCUUGGUAAAGUCAUUCCGUCGCCGCCAUGGACCUCAAAACGGAGCCGGAAGAAAUGGAGUACAAGCAGCCGGUUCCCGUUGAAGUUUUCGCCAGCAGGUCCACGCUGCACGGGAUCUCGCACAUGUUCACUUAUGAGCGGAUGUGCGUGAAGCGCUGCCUUUGGAUUCUAUUCUUCUUGGGCUCCCUGGGAUUCCUGGUGCUCGUGUGCGUGGACCGCGUGCAGUUCUACUUCCAGUACCCCCACGUCACCAAGCUGGACGAGGUGUCGGCGCCGAUGAUGGACUUCCCGGCCAUCACUUUCUGCAACCUCAACUCCUUCCGCUUCAGCCGCGUGACGCGCAACGACCUGUACCACGCCGGGGAGCUGCUUGCCUUGCUCAACGGCAGGUACGAGAUCCGCGACACCCACCUGGUCGAAGAGAACGUGCUGCAGGUGCUGAAGGAGAAGGCGGACUUCGACAGCUACAAGCCGCGGCCGUUCAACAUGCGCGAGUUCUACGACCGCACGGGCCACGACAUCAAGGACAUGCUCCUGGCCUGCCACUACCGGGGCUCCGAGUGCAGCGCCGAGGACUUCACAGUGAUAUUCACCCGCUACGGGAAAUGCUACACCUUCAAUUCGGGCCAGGAUGGCCGCCCUCUAAUGGUGACGAUGAAGGGUGGAAUGGGCAAUGGCUUGGAGCUGAUGCUUGACAUUCAACAGGAUGAGUAUCUGCCAGUGUGGGGAGAGACCGACGAAACAUCAUUCGAGGCCGGUAUCAAAGUUCAGAUCCACACCCAGGAUGAGCCUCCUUUCAUUGACCAGCUGGGCUUCGGGGUGGCGCCCGGCUUCCAGACCUUCGUCUCCUGUCAGGAACAACGACUGACAUACCUGCCCCCACCCUGGGGGGACUGCAAGGCCUCUGCCAUGGACUCAGACUUCUUCAACAGCUACAGCCUCACGGCCUGCCGCAUAGACUGUGAGACGCGUUACCUGGUGGAGAACUGCAACUGCAGGAUGGUUCAUAUGCCCGGAGAUGCCCCCUACUGCACCCCAGAGCAGUACAAGGAGUGUGCUGAUCCAGCCCUGGACUUCCUAGUGGAGCGGGACAAUGAUUACUGCGUUUGUGAGACGCCAUGCAACAUGACGCGCUACGGUAAAGAGAUGUCGUUUGUCAAGAUCCCGAGCAAGGCAUCAGCCAAGUACCUCGCCAAGAAAUACAACAAGACGGAGCAGUACAUUGCUGACAACAUCCUGGUUCUGGAUAUCUUCUUCGAGGCUCUGAACUAUGAAACCAUCGAACAGAAGAAGGCGUACGAGCUGGCAGGGCUGCUGGGUGACAUUGGGGGUCAAAUGGGCCUUUUCAUCGGGGCCAGCAUCCUCACCAUCCUGGAGCUCUUUGACUAUCUGUAUGAGGUGAUCAAGUACAAGCUGUGCCACUGCUCGAAGAAGAAGCACAAGCGGAGCAGCAACAACGACCGGGGAGCCGUGUUGAGCCUGGAUGACGUCAAGCACCAUGCUCCGUGUGAGAACCUGCGUACGCCGUCCACGUAUCCCGCCAACAUGCUACCUCACCACCCUGGCCAGGGCAACUUUGAAGACUUCACAUGUUGAGUGCAGCGCCUGGGCGCUCAGGGAACGAGGACUGGCAUCGUGUCGUCCAAAGCCAGAAACACAGAAUAACAGAACAGACUUUAAAGUCUUGAACAAGGGAGGCCAAGAUAAAUGAUACGAAACCAUAUUCAGAAAAACACAGACUUUUUUUUUUCAAAGAACUAAACAAACGAAAAAAAGGAAUUCAAAUAAAAAAAUAUUUUUUCUUUUUUAAACAGAGGCUUGAAAGGGGGGGAGGACAUAAUUGCGACCUGACGUAGAUAUCUAUCGCGUCUCCCCGAAAAAACGCAGUAGGAGACAG